AUGUGGACUGUAGUUGUGGGUAUAUCGUUGGCAAUAGCCUUGUACGAAAUAUGGCGAAGGAAUACACGAGAAUAUAAGUUAACUGCAAAUAUGUUGACUCCUCCAAUGAUGCCGCUAAUUGGAAAUGGUCAUUUGGUGAUGCAUUUGUCGAAUUCAGAAAUCAUGGCCUAUGCAAUGCGCUACAUACACACACCGAAUGGUGUGGUAAGAGCAUUUUUGGGGCCAUUAAUGAUUGUUGCUCUCUGGAAUCCUGUCGACAUUGAAAUAGUUCUCAGUUCGAAUGACCACCUGGAAAAAUCACCCGAAUAUAAAUAUUUCCAACCAUGGUUUGGUGAUGGCCUACUUAUCUCCAAGGGUCAUCAUUGGCAGCAUCAUCGCAAAAUGAUUGCCCCUACCUUCCAUCAAAGUAUUUUGAAAAGUUUCGUACCCACCUUUGUGGAACAUUCCAAGAGGGUGGUGGAACGGUUGUCACACGAAGUGGGCCAUGAAUUUGAUGCUCACAAAUAUAUGUCUCAGGCAACUGUGGAAAUAUUACUGGCCACUGUUAUGGGUGUAAAGAAGCUACCCAAACCGGAUAAAUGUUUGGAAUACGCCAAUGCGGUGUUGGAUAUGUGUGACAUAAUUCAUAAACGUCAGCUGAAAUUCUAUUAUCGUCUGGAUGCUAUGUUCAAAUUUUCGAAAUUACAUGAUAAGGGUCGGAAAAUGUUGGAUACCAUUUUGAAUAUGACACGACAGGUUGUAAAUGAGCGGCAAAGAAAUUUCAAUGCCGAUUCGAGGGCUAUUGUGGAAAAUGAUACCGAGGUUACCAAGAGAAAACAAGAAACUAUAAAAGCCAAGGGACUGCGUGAUGAUUUGGAUGACAUCGAUGAGAAUGAUGUGGGUUCCAAAAAACGUUUGGCCUUAUUGGAUGCCAUGAUGGAAAUGUCCAAAAAUCCUGAAAUCCAAUGGACCGACAAGGAUAUCAUAGAUGAAGUCAAUACAAUUAUGUUUGAGGGUCAUGAUACCACCUCGGCUGCCUCCAGUUUUGUCCUAUGUAUUUUGGGUAUUUACAAGGACAUGCAGGAAAAAGUGCUGGACGAACAAAAAGCCAUCUUCGGUGAUAAUUUGCUACGCGAUUGCACAUUUCCCGAUACAAUGGAAAUGAAAUAUUUGGAGAGGGUAAUAAUGGAAACUCUGCGUUUAUAUCCACCAGUACCGAUUAUAUCACGUCGAGCUGCAGAUGAUAUUAAAUUGGCAUCAGGACCAUAUUCAAUACCCAAGGGUACAACAAUACUUAUUGCACAAUAUGCCGUACAUCGUGAUCCCAAAUCAUAUCCUAAUCCAGAAAAAUUCGAUCCUGACAACUUUUUGCCCGAACGUAUGGCCAAACGUCAUUAUUAUAGUUUUAUACCAUUCAGUGCCGGUCCCAGAAGUUGUGUAGGACGUAAAUAUGCCAUGAUCAAAUUGAAAAUAUUGCUAUCGACAAUUCUGCGUCACUUUGAGGUGAAAUGUAAUCAGCAGGAGAAAGAUUUUCGUUUACAGGCUGAUAUUAUUUUGAAAAUGGAAAAUGGUUUUAACAUAACGUUGGAACCACGUGCCGAGGCUAUGAAGUAA